AUGGCCGCCACCGUCGAGCCGUUACUGCAAAAGUGCGCCACCCUCUCCCACAUCAAACAACUCCAAGCUCACCUCAUAACCACCGGUGUUUUCCAAUUCCACCCUUCUCCUCGUUCCAAGUUUCUUGAAUUUUGCGCCACCUCCUCUGCCGCUGGAAGCCUCCUCUACGCUGCUGACAUUUUCCGUCACAUAGCCUCCCCAGUCACCAACGACUGGAACGCCGUCAUACGCGGCCUCGCCCAGAGCCAUCAACCAACCGACGCCGUCACCUUUUACCGCCAAGGCUUGCGCAUGCUCACGUGCAAGCCGGACGCUCUCACCUGCUCUUUCACCCUCAAAGCCUGCGCUCGAGCGUUAGCUUGUAACGAAGCUAACCAAAUCCAUUCGCAAGUGGUUCGAUUUGGGUUCAUAGCAGACAUUCUACUGCAAACAACCUUGCUGGAUGUCUAUGCAAAAUCCGGUUAUUUAGACAAUGCACACAAACUGUUCGAUGAAAUGUCUAAAAAAGAUGUCACAUGUUGGAACGCAAUGAUCUCUGGGUUGGCUCAAGGGAACCAACCCAACGAAGCAUUGCAACUCUUUACAAGAAUGCGAGAUCUCAGAUUCAAGCCCAACGAGAUCACGGUUCUUGGCGCCCUCUCAGCCUGUGCCCAACUGGGCGUAGUACGCGAGGGCGAGAACAUAUACAGUUACAUAAAAAACCAAAACCUCGACACAAACGAGCAAGUUUGCAAUGUUGUAAUUGACAUGUUUGGUAAAUGUGGGUAUGUCACAAAAGCUUACCAAGUUUUCAAUUCCAUGAAGUGCACAAGAACUCUUGUUACAUGGAACACUAUGAUCAUGGUCUUGGCAACAAAUGGAGAAUCCCUCGAAGCACUUAAAUUGUUCGAUCAAAUGAGUAAAGAAAGAUUCCGACCCGAUAACGUGAGUUAUCUUGCGGCUCUUUGUGCUUGUAAUCACGCGGGAAUGGUGGAAAAUGGGGUCGAAUUGUUUGAAAAAAUGACUAAAGAUGUCUCGGUUGUUCCUAAUAUCAAGCACUAUGGUACUAUGGUUGAUUUAUUAGGGAGAUCGGGUCGAUUACACGAAGCUUACAAUGUCAUUGAUUCGAUACCAAUAAAACCCGAUGUUAUUCUUUGGCAAACUUUGUUAGGUGCUUGUAAGACGUAUGGGAAUGUAGAAAUGGCGGAAAAGGCGUCAAGAAAGCUAGUUGAAAUGGGGUCAAGUAGUGAUGGGGAUUUCGUGUUGCUAUCAAAUAUAUACGCGGCUCAACGUAGAUGGAAAGAUGUGGGAAUCGUGAGGGACACGAUGAGAAAUAAAGAAGUUAAGAAGGUUCCAGGGUUUAGUUACAUUGAUGUUGACGGUGUGAUACAUAAGUUUGUGAAUGGAGAUAGGAGUCAUUUGAAUUUGGAAGAGAUUUAUAGGAAGAUUGAGGAGAUUAUGGGUCGGAUUAUGGAAUACGGAUAUGUUGCGGAUACAGGUUAUGUGUUACAUGAUAUAGGGUUAGAGGAGAAAGAAAACGCUCUGAGUUAUCAUAGCGAGAAGUUAGCAGUCGCAUUUGGGUUGAUUAAAAUGAGCAAUGAAAGCAAUCCGAUACGCAUCAACAAGAAUUUGAGGAUAUGUGGGGAUUGUCAUGAGGUCAUGAAGCUUGUUUCAAAGGUUUAUAAACGUGAGAUUAUCGUAAGAGAUAGGACUCGUUUUCAUAACUUUAAAAACGGAUCAUGUUCAUGUAAAGAUUAUUGGUAG